AUGAGGUAUCCUGACGCCGUCACAGAGACGCCUCCCAAGUCCAGGGCAGGCAUAAACAAGGGCGGGGACGCAGCACCCAGAAACGUCUCAGAGAAGCCCGCCUCGCCCUUACAAAAGGUACAGGACCAAUGCGAAGAUAAGCGUAGUCUGCAGAAGGUCGCUCAUAAUUCCACGGGCACGGCGGCACCUGAUCUCGGUAGCUCUGGUGCUCGUUCUCAGGGAGACGCUUCACUCGUGACAGCCUUCCGGAAAUCUGUAGGGUCCAUCCAUGGCGCUGGUGGGAACGCGGGGGGCAGUGGAAAUGUGGAGAAGGCCGUACACCGAGAUCCUGGCGAAAAUGGCGUUGUUGGCGACGCUGGGUUUACUCCCUCUCGCCCCAGCGGAGUGCCCGAAGGGGUACAGGGAACUGCGUCAAAAGUCCCAAGAAAGCUUUUAUUCGCGUUGAAGGCAUUGGAAGCGUCGUCGGGCCCAGUAGAAGUUAUGGAGAAGGCAACUAAGGAGAAGAGGAACCAUGCGACGCCGGCAGACACAACAGCAGCAACACCAAGUAGGCCAACGAUGACAGAGGCCGCAGAGGCCACGGGUGACGAAGGCGGAGGCCACGGUGGUGCCGUUUUCAAACCGGAGGGUAAUGCUGCAGUUGCAGAAGAAGCCAAAGGCAACGGAGGACACACAAAGGAAGGUAGUUCUACAGUGCCAACUCAAAAACAGCAACAGCAAGCAAAGCGACACACAGUCGUCACGGCAGCCGAUCACAUGGGCGGAGGCUUACAUGGGCGUUGCGUGCCUGUUGCACAUACUACUGGUUCCAUGGCGGCGGCUACGUCAGUGAACUGCACACGCCCCGCACUUGCCCUUAGUGCUUACUUAGUUGUGCUCUAUAAGAGAGUGAACGAGGUAUAUUGUUGUCAGAGACGUUUGAAGGCUCCUGGUCCAAAGUACAACAACGGGUUUGAUGACAAGGAAGGCCACUACAUUGUGCUGUCAGGGGAGGAAAUACUUAAUCGGUACACAGUCCAAGAGGUGCUUGGCAAAGGCAGCUUUGGCACGGUUGUCCGCUGCUACGACGAGAAGCGUCGUGAGAACGUUGCCCUCAAAAUCACCCGUCAUGGUCUUAGUUUUCGCACGCAGGCGAAGCUGGAACUAGACAUUUUGUUGAAGCUAAAUGCCAACCCACGCCUCAAUCAGCUUGUUGUAAAACUGCUGAAGGUGUUUGACUGGCAGGGGCAUCUUGUGUUAGUAUUUGAGCUGCUCAGCUUUAAUUUGUACCAUCUUAUUAAGUGUACCCGCUACAAGGGCGUUACGCUCGACUUGGUGCGUAAGUUUGCCUACCAGUUGGUGCAGGUUCUCUAUCAACUUGAACAAACCAAACCCAGCUCGAUCAUCCAUUGCGACAUUAAACCGGAGAACAUUCUUUUGAAAAACCAAAAUCGCAGCGGCAUACGUCUAAUUGACUUUGGCUCAGCGUGCUACUCUAACAAGGUUGUUCACAAGUACAUACAGAGCCGCUAUUAUCGUAGCCCUGAGGUCAUACUGUAUCUGGAAUAUGGGACCGCCAUCGAUAGGUGGUCUUUGGGCUGUGUGCUGGUGGAGCUCCACACUGGCGUGCCACUUUUUGAUGGGAGAACUGAAGCCGCACAACUGGCCCGCUUUGAGGCCAUGCUGGGGCCACUGCCUGCGGAAAUGUUGGAGGCCUCGCCAAAGUUAGAAAGGUUCUACACAUCAGCAGGGAACGGGUACAAACUCAAGGAGCAGCAGCUGCCAAGACGUUCUCUUGAGAAUGUUUUGGGUGUCACUACCGGUGGUCCUCGUGGCUCGCGGAAAGGAACCCCGGGGCAUAGCGAGGAAUCCUACCGCCAAUUUCAUGAUUUCAUUGGUGGACUGCUGAAAUAUAGGUCUGCGGAGCGAAUGAGCUGCCAUGAUGCACUGCGGCACCCGUUCAUCGAACCGCUCUGGCUUUUGGACCAGCAGCAGGAGCAACGCUCUCGAAAAACGCUUCCGCCGCCAUCAUGA